GCGAAGGCUCGGAGCGGGGGCUCCCCCGGGCGCUUGCCAUGGCCACCGCGCUGUCCCGGCGUCUGGGGAAGCGCUCCCUGCUCGGCACCCGCGUCCCUGCCGACGGGAUGCAGAUCCCGGGAUUGCAGCCCGAGCCGGGCCGGGCCCCUGCCGCCCCCGAGGACGGAUCCUGCGCGCUCUCCGUGGAGGAGAACAGCCAGGCUCCCGGAUUCCCCGGCCUCCGGCAGCUCCACUCCGGGCAGCAGGUCCUCAUCACCUCCAACGGGCAGGAAUGUGAGCAGGGGAAGGUGCUGCUGCCAGAGCAGGGCUCGCAGGGCUGCUGGAGGGUGCAGGACACGCUCCAACCUCCCGCUGAGAUCCUGCAGAGAUCCGUGUCCAGCAGCAUCGACGUUCCCAAGAGGAAAGUCCGCGGCGAAGCCAAGAAGUGCCGCAAGGUUUACGGCAUCGAGCACCGGGACCAGUGGUGCACGGCCUGCCGCUGGAAAAAGGCCUGCCAGCGCUUCCUGGACUGA